AUGGCGACCACUGUUGACAAGAUCAAAGAUAUCGAGGCCGAAAUGGCCAAGACCCAAAAGAACAAGGCCACGUCCUUCCACUUGGGUCAACUGAAAGCCAAGCUCGCCAAGCUCAAGCGCGAGCUCCUGACGCCUUCGGGCGGCGGUGGCGGCGGCGGUGCCGGCUUCGACGUUGCGCGUACGGGUGUCGCGAGUAUCGGCUUUAUCGGGUUUCCAUCUGUGGGAAAGAGUACUCUGAUGAGCAAGUUGACGGGCCAGCACUCCGAGGCCGCGGCGUAUGAGUUCACGACGUUGACAUCCGUUCCGGGUCAGGUCACUUACAACGGUGCGCCGCUGCAAAUCAUCGAUUUGCCGGGUAUCAUUGAAGGAGCCAAGGACGGCCGCGGUCGUGGUCGCCAGGUCAUUGCCGUCGCGAAGACGUGCCAUCUCAUCUUCAUCGUCCUCGACGUCAACAAGCCCCUGACGGACAAGCGCGUCAUCGAGACGGAGCUCGAAGGCUUCGGCAUCCGCAUCAACAAGUCGCCGCCAAACAUCACCUUCAAGAAGAAGGAAAAGGGCGGCCUCAACAUCACGAGCACCGUGCCCCUCACCCACAUCGACCACGACGAGAUCAAGGCCGUCAUGAACGAGUACCGCAUCAACUCGGCUGACAUCGCCAUCCGCUGCGAUGCCACUAUUGACGACCUCAUUGACGUCCUUGAGGCGCGGAGCAGAAACUACAUCCCCGUCAUUUACGUUCUCAACAAGAUUGAUGCCAUUAGUAUCGAGGAGCUCGACUUGCUCUACCGUAUCCCCAACGCCGUGCCGAUCAGUUCCGAGCAGGGUUGGAACAUUGACGAGCUGAUGGAGGCAAUGUGGGACAAGCUGAAGCUCGUUCGUGUUUAUACGAAGCCCAAGGGCAAACUGCCAGACUAUUCUCAGCCCGUCGUGCUACGUUCAAACAGGUGCACGGUCGAAGACUUCUGUAACCAAAUCCACAGGAGCAUUCUUGAACAGUUCAAGACCGCCAUCGUGUACGGCAAGUCCGUAAAGCAUCAACCUCAGCGCGUCGGUCUCUCCCACGAGCUAGCCGACGAGGAUAUCGUCACAAUCGUCAAGCGCUGA